GUAUAAUGUAGCUGCUAGCUAAUGUAAACAGGCCAUUUUUAUUCAAUAUGUAUUUUGAAAAUAAGCGGUUGUUAUUUCACGGUUCAUCGCUGUGUAUAAGCAUAACGUAAGCAACAUCAACACCAAGAGGCGCUGAAUUGUGCGGUUAUUUCGGCAUCAGCUGUCUUAACAGGCUAGCACAACACAGCUUUUGUUUCUCAAAGAUGAGCUCUCGAAUAGUUAAAUCGUACAAAUAAUAAGAUAUAUAACACACACAGCAAAAACAUGGAUGAAAAAUAUAGCAGUAAUGUUAUCUCCAGUGGGAAGCUGGGUCGAGUUGAGGCACCAAAUGCCAGAUUGACCCGGUACAUAGUAUUGUUGUACUUUACAAAAAUGCUAAAGGCUUUUGGCAUAUUUGAGUCAUACGAUAUUCUCAAAGUUGUGCACAUUGUACAGUUUCUCUUCAUUUUGAAAAUGGGGUGUGCAGUGAUAUUGGUUUUCUUUCAAAAGCCAUUCUCGUCUGGAAAAAUGAUCCCCAAGAGACAGUGGAUUAAAAUCCUCAAGCAUGCUGUUAUUAGCUGUAUUAUCUCCCUCUUGGGCUUUUUUGGGUUGACACUCUGUGGACCACUCAGGAGCCUUUUGCUGUUUGAGCACAGCGAUUUGGUAGUGAUCUCUCUCCUUAGCGUUCUCUUCACCAGCUCUGGAGGGGGACCUUCUAAGACGAGGGGUGCUGCUUUCUUCAUAAUUGCUGUGAUUUGCCUUUUGCUCUUUGAUAAUGAUGAUCUCAUGGCAAAAAUGGCUGAGCACCCUGAGGGACAUCAUGACAGUGCACUCACCCAUGCGCUAUACACAGGGAUUGCAUUUUUGGGUGUAGCAGACCAUAAGGGUGGAGUGGUUCUGCUGGUUUUAGCUUUGUGCCUGAAGGUUGCUUUCAACACAGCAUCUAGAAAACUAUCUGUGGAGAUUGGAGGUGCAAAACGUUUGUAUGCUCUGUCUAAUCUGGUGUCAGCUGUAGUUCUUCUACCCUGGGUCAUAGUGCUGUCUGCAACCACUGAGAGUAAAGUGGAAUCCUGGUCUGGUCUCAUCUUUCCAUUUGCCAUGAUCAUCUUCUCUGUGAUGAUACUGGAUUUUUAUGUGGAGUCCAUCUGUAUGGCAAAGCUGGAAACCUCUCGCUGUGCUAGAUAUGGCGCCAUUUUCCUGUUCCUCAACGGCCUAUUGCUGGCAAACUUCUGGACCCACCCACUAACUGGCCAGAUUAGAGCCAUAAGUACCACUGGCCAGCAAAGUAGCACUGAGCAUGUGCUGUCUGGUGGAGUUCUGGUCAGCGCAUGCUUCUUCAUUAUGGCUGAUAGCAUACUGUCAGCUCCCUCUUCAAAGGGUCAGAAAGGGACAUUGGUGGGUUAUUCCCCUGAAGGGACUCCUCUGUAUAAUUUUAUGGGUGAUGCGCUUCAACAUACAUCCCAGUCUUUGCCACGAUUCAUCAAAGACUCACUUAAACAGAUCCUGGAGGAAUAUGACUCAAGGCAGAUCUUCUACUUCCUUUGCCUCAACCUGGCCUUCACUUUUGUGGAGCUCUUCUAUGGUGUGUGGACCAACAGCCUAGGGCUGAUUUCUGAUGGUUUCCACAUGCUGUUUGACUGUUCGGCUUUGGUUCUGGGGUUGUUUGCUGCCCUCAUGACCAGAUGGAAAGCAACAAGGAUAUAUUCCUAUGGGUAUGGUCGUGUGGAGAUCCUCUCUGGGUUUAUCAAUGGUCUGUUUCUCAUGGUUAUAGCCUUUUUUGUGUUCGUGGAGUCAGUCACCAGACUCGUCGAUCCACCGAACAUCAACACAGACAUGCUAACGCCCGUCUCAGUUGGUGGACUCAUCGUUAAUCUGGUGGGCAUAUGUGCCUUCAGUCAUGCACAUUCUCAUGGGGCCUCCAAGGGCAGCUGCUCUGGGCAUGACCAUGGGCACUCACACCACGGACAUGGGCACAGCAGCAUGGAACACAGCCAUGGAGGACAUGGACAUAGUCAUGGAGGACACGGUCAUUCUCACGGCCAUGGCCAUUCCCAUUCAUCAGGAGGAAUGAAUGCUAAUAUGCGAGGAGUGUUUCUGCAUGUGCUUGCUGACACACUGGGCAGUGUUGGUGUGAUUAUAUCCACUAUUCUCAUCAGACAGUUUGGAUGGCUGAUUGCAGACCCCAUUUGUUCACUCUUCAUAUCCACACUGAUUUUUCUCAGUGUCAUUCCUUUAUUAAAGGACGCCUGUGAGGUUCUUCUUCUGAGAAUGCCACCUCAGCAUGAGAAGGAGCUUAACUUUGCACUUGAAAAGAUUCAGAAAAUAGAAGGUGUUUUAUCCUAUCGUGAUCCACACUUUUGGAGACAUUCCGCCAGCGUCAUUGCUGGAACCAUCCAUCUUCAGCUCAUGUCUGAUGUCGUGGAACAGCGAGUUAUUCAACAGGUGUCUGCUGUGUUGAAGGAUGCUGGUGUUAAUAAUCUGACUAUACAGUUGGAAAAGGAGGCCUAUUUCCAGCACAUGUCUGGCCUGAGCUCUGGAUUUCAUGAGGUUCUAACAAUGACACAACAGAUGGAGUCCAUGAAAUAUUAUAAAGACGGCACAUGUAUCAUGUAAUCUUUUGUUUUAACACAUUUAAAUGUUAAAAAUAAAGGGAUGUAAGGUGUACCUAUAUCAUCUUUUCUAUACAUUGAAAAAUAAACCUAUUUUAUGAUGUCU